UAUCUGGAAGACAAGAAAGUGGAAUUGGAGAAACUUGUCGCCGAAAAAGGUGAAGAAGCAAUCACUAGACCGGAAGACUGGGGUGGCUAUAGAUUGCGUCCACACUAUUUUGAAUUUUGGCAAGGUCAAACUGAUCGGAUACAUGAUCGUAUUGUAUUUGAAAAAGGAGCUGAUGAAACGGAAUGGUUGAUUAAGCGUCUUUCACCGUGAAAAUCACUCUCAAGGGAUCCUUGUUAAUCCAGCUGAUUGUCGAAUUCCUUCAAAUAUAGCUUUCACUGUAGAUAUAACCGUUAGUAGCUACUUAAAUGUCACAAAUUAAUAUAAACUUUGUAAUUAUAACCUAUACUCCAACAAAAGUUCCCUGAAAAAGUAA